GGCCGGGCCGCUAAGCUGGGCCGGGGGCCGGAGCCCGAGCCGGAGCCCGAGCCUGCGCUUGCCGCGCUCAUCAGAAGUUAAGGUCUGCGCGGGGCGGCUAUUGGCGGCGAAGUAUCACGUGACCGCGGGGGCGUGCCAAUGUGCGCCCUCAAGGGUGUCAAGCCCCUGUCAGAGUGUGCGAUCAAGAUUGUGAAGCAACGCGAUGCAAAAAGCGACCUACUACGACAGCUCGGCGAUCUACGGUGGCUACCCCUACCAGGCAGCCAACGGGUUCGCUUAUAAUGCCAGUCAGCAGCCGUAUCCGGCGUCCGCGGCACUGGGCACUGAUGGCGAGUACCACCGACCUGCCUGUUCACUCCAGUCGCCUGCCAGCGCCGGGGGCCACCCGAAGGCGCACGAGCUGAGCGAGGCGUGUCUGCGCACCCUGAAUGGCCCUCCCAGCCAACCUGGCCUGGGCGAGCCACCCCUGGCCCCACCGCCACCCCAGGCCGCGCCCCCUGCUCCACAGCAGCCUCAACCCCCGCCACAGCCCCCAGCGCCCGCUCCUGCCGCCCCCCCGCCCCCCUCUUCAGUCUCCCCACCUCAGAAUGCCAGCAGCAACCCCACCCCCGCCAGUGCAGCCAAGAGCCCCCUACUCAACUCCCCCACCGUGGCCAAACAAAUCUUCCCCUGGAUGAAAGAAUCUCGGCAAAACACAAAGCAGAAAACCAGCGGCUCCAGUUCAGGGGAGAGCUGCGCUGGCGACAAGAGUCCGCCUGGGCAGGCGUCGUCCAAACGGGCGCGCACCGCCUACACUAGUGCGCAGCUGGUGGAGCUGGAGAAGGAAUUCCACUUCAACCGCUACCUUUGCCGGCCACGCCGGGUGGAGAUGGCCAACCUGCUGAACCUCACAGAGCGCCAGAUCAAGAUCUGGUUCCAGAAUCGCCGCAUGAAGUACAAGAAGGAUCAGAAGGGCAAGGGCAUGCUGACGUCAUCAGGGGGCCAGUCCCCAAGUCGCAGCCCCGUGCCCCCCAGCGCGGGCGGCUAUCUGAACUCUAUGCAUUCGCUGGUCAACAGCGUACCAUACGAGCCCCAGUCGCCCCCACCUUUCUCCAAGCCUCCCCAGGGUGCCUAUGGGCUGCCCCCCGCCUCCUACCCCGCACCCCUGCCAAGCUGCGCGCCCCCGCCGCCCCCACAGAAGCGCUACACCCCGGCGGGGGCAGGGGGCACACCCGACUAUGACCCUCACGCGCAUGGCCUGCAGGGCAAUGGCAGCUAUGGGACCCCACACUUACAGGGAAGCCCCGUCUUCGUGGGGGGCAGCUAUGUGGAGCCCAUGAGCAACUCUGGGCCUGCCCUCUUUGGCCUAACUCACCUCCCCCACGCCGCCCCGGCAGCCAUGGACUAUGGGGGUGCUGGGCCGCUGGGCAGCGGCCACCAUCACGGGCCCGGGCCAGGGGAGCCGCACCCCACCUACACGGACCUUACCGCCCACCAUCCUUCUCAGGGAAGAAUUCAGGAAGCCCCCAAGCUCACCCACCUGUGAUGGUGGGCUCGGGGCUGCGCGCCAGGAGAGUCCCCCCGCCCCCAACGGUCGUUGUCGUUUCCCUGUUUUGUCUUGUUUUAAGAUUCUUCCUGUACUCUCUUUUCUGUUCUCCGCCCCCUCUAUCUUCCCCUCCCCCUCGUUUUGUUUUCUUUGGUAACGCGUUUUUAUAGUUUAUGUGACGUAGCAAUCUUGGUUGCUGGAAUGGCUGUCAGUAUCAGUAGCGAUGUUUAUCUCCUCCUAUCCUGCGCUCGGCCCGCUGGCCCUGCACCCUUUACUUUCUCUACUCUUUGAUCCGAAACAGGGUAUAUGAACAAAUUUUCUAGCCGAGUUCUUCAAUGUGAAUUUGUUCGUACAUUAUGGCUCCCGAGGGGAAGCAAUUACUUUUUUUUUUUAAUUUUUAGAUUUUUUUUUUUAAAAAUUGCACUUCUUGUAAAGAGCGAGAAAAAAAUCAAAGGCGCUUUGAAACAGGGGCUCCCUGUGCAAGGAUGACUAAGUGUACGUCUUUCCGUGUGUGUAUGCUGGUGAACAGUCAGAUUUAUUUAUAUUUUUUUUGCAAGCAUUGAAUAAUCUAAGUUUUAAAUAUUAUUUAUCCCCAUCCGUUCGUAUUUAUAUUAAAGAAAUUCUGUACCCUGAUUGUUCAGAAGGUUUCUUGGGCCUUUUGUUCAAUAGUGUAUUGGCGUACAUAGAAAAAAAUUUUUAUUUGAAAGGGAAAUAGAAUUCCUUUAUAAAAACGGUAAUGAUGCAAUAAUACCAGAGAGGAUCCAGCUUUUGAAAAACAGUGAUUUAGGUUUGUAACAUCCGGCGAAACUGAAAACAAAACAAAAACACGAAUCUGUAAACGUGAAAAAAAAAAAGCUAGAUUGUUUAGAGAGUUCUACAUUCCUUGCUGCUCACAUUCUGAGAAACUAAACAAAAAUAAAUAAAUAAAGUUUUUAUUCUGAAUAA